AUGAUCUCUUCAUCAGAAAUCUUUGUUUUUUUACAUGGCUUUACUAAAGAUGGAGGCAGUAUAGGUGGUGGUGGUCAAAUAGCAAAAUAUGUCGCAUCACUCUUUCAUAUUCCUAUUGAACAACCAAAUUUGAAUCAACCAUCAUUUAAUGAAUUCUCUGUUUCGAAUGCAAUUAAAGUUAUUGAUAAAUUAUAUGAUGAAAAACAAAAACAAAACAAUAUCAAAGAUGAAAAAAUUAAAAUGAAUUUGAUCGGUGCGAGUGGUUAUAUUGCUGCACGUUAUGCUGAACUACAUCCUGAUCGUAUUAAAAAAUUAUUUCUUUUAUGUCCAGCAUUUGGUCUAGCUGCACGUUGGCGUGAAUUUUUAUCACAUGAUGAUUUAUCUAAUUGGAAAUCAUCUGGAUCAUAUUCAUAUAAUGGUCAUCAAUUACAUUAUGUUUUCUUUGAUGAUAUAACACAAAAUCAUCCAUUAUAUCCACAAGUAUUAUGUCCGACAUCAAUAGUACAUGGAAAACUUGAUCGUCUUGUACCAAUUGAAGCUAGUCGAGAUUUUAUUAAUGAACAAAAAAAUAAACAAUUAAUUAAACUAGUAGAAGUUGAUGAUGAUCAUUAUUUAACAAAUAGUUUAUUUCAAAUUAUUCCGAUUGUUUCACAAUUUUUACUUUCAUCUACGAAUAACUAA